AUGCCAAUCAAGUCCCGGUUCACACGGUUAGAUGCAUUCACAAAAACAGUAGAGGAUGCUAGGGUCAGGACGACUUCUGGUGGUAUAGUUACCAUUGUCUCUCUGCUUGUGAUCCUCUAUCUAGCAUUCGGGGAAUGGAGCGACUACAGAAAGAUCCUGGUACAGCCAGAACUUAUAGUCGAUAAGAGCAGAGGUGAGAAGAUGGAAAUACAUCUCAAUAUCUCUUUCCCUCGAAUACCAUGUGAACUGUUAACGCUGGAUGUUAUGGACGUCUCAGGGGAACAGCAGACGGGUGUAGUGCAUGGUGUCAAUAAAGUCAGGCUGUCGGAUUGGAAGGAGGGCUCGAGGGUCAUUCGAACAGAAGCGCUACAAUUACACGCAGACGAGGCUGCUGCCCAUCUCGACCCCGAUUACUGCGGUUCGUGCUAUUCUGCACCUGCACCUCCAACCGCGAAGAAGCCUGGUUGUUGUAAUACUUGCGACGAGGUCAGAGAAGCGUACGCGACCAACAGCUGGGCCUUUGGGCGUGGCGAUGGAGUCGAGCAGUGCGAAAGAGAAGGAUACGGCCAAAAACUCGACGAGCAAAGAAAAGAAGGCUGUCGAAUAGAAGGAAACGUUCGGGUGAACAAAGUGGUCGGAAACUUCCAUAUCGCACCUGGUCGAAGUUACAGCAAUGGCAACAUGCAUGUCCAUGAUCUGGAGAACUUCCUGAACUCUCCUCUCGAGGGCGGCCACACCUUCAGUCAUGACAUACACUCCCUACGUUUCGGUCCGCAGCUGACCGACGUGGCAUCGAAGUGGAGCGACCACCAUCAUGCCAAUCCUCUCGACAAUCAUCUCGAGACAACAGAUCAGCCGGCUUACAAUUUCAUGUACUUCGUCAAAGUAGUAUCUACAUCCUACCUUCCACUUGGUUGGGAUGAGGAACGAUCCUCGAAAGAGCACUCCUUGAUCAGCGACUUGAUCCCUCUGGGUCUGCACGGAAAGUCUAUGGGCGAUUCUGGCUCUAUAGAAACACAUCAGUACUCCGUCACGUCCCAUAAGAGGUCAUUGUCAGGAGGAACUGAUGCUGCUGAAGGUCACAAAGAGCGACUGCAUGCGUAUGGUGGCAUUCCUGGAGUGUUCUUUUCCUACGACAUUAGUCCGAUGAAAGUGAUCAAUAGGGAAGCUCGACCAAAGACCUUCUCGAACUUUCUGACUGGUGUUUGUGCUGUAAUAGGUGGAACUUUAACGGUAGCUGCAGCUAUCGAUCGAGGGUUGUACGAAGGAAACAUGAGGUUGAAAAAGCUGCAUCAAGGUUGA